UGCCGGGACGCGUAGUUCCGCUCCCGCCUCCUGCCGGGCAGCGAUGAUGAGAAGAACUACGACUCCCGAAAAGGAGCGCAGGCCGCCGCUGGGCGGCUGCAGGAAGCUGAGCCAGGCGGCCGCAGAUCCCCACAACAUCCGGGAGCCGGUGACCGCGGCCUGUUGCUAUGGAUACGAGUUGCAACCUCCAGAAAGGAUUCGUGGUUUCACCAGGGAAAACAGCUCCCCGGAUUAAACGGAUAGGUUUACACAUCCUGAUCCACCCAGCUAUUCAUCUUCUAUUUGCUGCUUUCAUUGGGUGCAGUUAAAAGGCCACGUCCCUGGGCGUUCACCGGCUUUUUUUGCCAUCUGCUGCAUGAAAACUGUUUUUUGCCGAAAACAUUAACAAAGAAGAUAGUGAAAAUGACAGACCACGACUGGGAUAAGAAAAGUACUUCACCUUCAAAUCCAGACACAGAAAUGAAAUCUGAACAACUGACUCCUUGUGUGAACCCUGGCAAUCCUGUGUUUUCAUGUAUGUUGGAUCCAAAGACACUUCAGACAGCCACCUCACUAUCAAAACCUCAGAUGAUUAUGUACAAAACCAAUUCAAGUCAUUAUGGUGAAUUUCUACCUAUCCCACAGUUUUUCCCCUGCAAUUAUACUCCAAAGGAGCAAGUAUUUUCAAGCCUUAUCAGAGCAACUGGGUUUUAUCAAAAUAACACUCUAAAUACUGCACCUGACAGAACCAGAACCCUUGAUUUUCCUAAUUUUCAACAUACUCUAUGAAAAUAUAUUCCUUUGUAUAUUUAAGAGAACAUAUACUCGGGAAAAAUGAGUUUUAAAUCUAAGGGUAGAAUACCUAAUUAAGAAGAUAAAAAGUUUUGAAUCAUUUAAAAAAAUAAGUUAAAUAAAGUAUUUCAACUGAUAGCUGCAUGACAGUGACUUUUUAAAUAAAAAUAUGUUCAAAAUAGCAAAAUAAAAGGCAGAAAGUAUUUUAGUGCAUGUAA